CAAAUCUGCAACGACGCCAGACUAUCUCGUGGAAGUGCUGCACGCCAUUGCGCCUUGCGUUAGAAGAGGUGUUCGAACUUUUACGCCUUAUGUCGAUAAUGCGGAGUAAUUGAAAACUCCGACCCUUCAGCCCUUCAGUAGCAGCUAUCUCUUUCCCCAAAAUCCGAGAAGCUCAGUCGCAAACAUCUUCAAGCCCUCCAGUCCUUCUCACCAAGUCCGCUCGAGCGCCAUGCUGGGCUCAUAUAUAUGUCGCCAAUGCAGGGCUCGGCCCUCCAGACGCCUUGUACCCGUCCGAACCCCUCAAUGGCAAUCGCGAGCCACGUUUCUAUCGCUGCGCACCCCAAAAUCGAAAGAAGACGCCGAGCCUACACAGACUACGGAGCAACCUGCAGCUCAGCACCAGUCAGAAGGCGCACCGGACAGAUACCAAGAUGGGCCAAGUAUACAAUAUCCGUAUAGGGGCAACCACCCACAAGAGGGACGCGCUGGCCGAUACUCGAGACUCGUACUCGAUGACACAGAGAGAAGAACACAACCUCCGCCAACUCAUUCUGGCAGUGCCGAGGAAGCUGCAACGGACGGUCUAGGGCCCGUCACAUCUCUAGAGUCCGAGAUGAGUUAUACUGAAUAUAUUAAGUCAGCAUUGAGCCGUGGCAAGGUUGGCCAAGCCUGGAAAUCGUUCGAGCAUAACUACACCUCAAGAGACUGCAAAGCCCUGACGGAACCGUCUCUCCGUGAUGCUGCACUUCUGGAAGACGGCAAGCUCUUCCUGCAACUCUUGAACGCUGUCAAUUCAGCUUUUUGCAAAGGCCUGAAAAACGUGGCCGUCAAGCCGACUGCCGUCCUCUUCAAAUUCGAGCAGCUGGGAAUUGCGCGUUCGGAAUACUGGAGUAGGCAAACAAUAGCUUAUUUGACAUAUCAAGCUAUCCAUGCCGUGAACGAUACGACCAAAAAACCCAAUCGAGACCUACCUUCGCUACUCUUGGAGCUACUUUCAGUAUGGCGACUCUUCUUCCAAUGCAUGGGCCCGAAAGGCGAUUCGCUAGAGGUCAUCAGCACCGAGUGGCAACUGCCAGCAGCUGAAUCUCUUGCCGACAGUUUUGCGGGAAAAAAUUUCGGCAUGCGCUUGCAAGAAUACCACCCCAAAUAUAAGGGCAACAAUACUCUGGGCUUCUGUGCUGUCUACCUAUUCACUAUUUCAGAGGCCCUGAACUCGGAUGAGACUUUGCAACAGCAAGCCGCGCCUUUACUGCAGUUCCUAGCAAAACUGCUCGCGGACGCCCAUGUUGAUCACAUCUUGAAUUUUGUAGAGCAGUCGAAAACUUUGAACGAACUACCUGUAGAGGUUCUGAGGCAGAUCAAAAAGGAGAUUGGUGUCGUUCGACACACAGCGAUGACAAUGAUUGGAUCAAAAGGAGAGUUUUGGGGGGGUGAUGAAGCAGCCAAUCUGGAGGCGUUCUAUCUCAAGAGGAUAGCGCGAGCGGUCUUAUCGAGUACGUCAACUUUGAGGCUAGAAAGUCUCUGGAAACAAGUCGAGCAUGAUUAUACGCCCCGAGGCCAGAGCACAUCAAUACCUCCCCUAAUUUACAACGCCUUCCUCUCCGGCUUCAUGAAACUUGCCCACUCGGAACGCUCUGUCGAUGUCUGGAAUCACAUGAUCGCCCACGGUGUCAAGCCUGAUAUGCGGUCCUGGGUUGCAGUCCUCGACGGCUGCGCAAAAACCAGAGACCUCAACGGCCUCAACGCAAUGUGGUCGCGCAUGCUCAGCACUGGGGCGGAGCCGGACACCUAUGCCUGGACGGCCCGAGUCAACGGUUUGAUAUCUUUGCACCAAAUCAACUCAGGCCUUAAGGCGCUUGAUGAGAUGGGCAAGAGGUGGAUGGCGGCUGAAAACAUUGUCACAAGCCCGCGAUCCCAUGGCAGGAAAAGCAAAGGCGUGCAAAAUGUAUCCGAAUCCUCCAAAGCCGUCAACAAUUGCACGAAGCCCCAAGUCCAAACCAUUAAUGGGGCUAUUUCUGCGCUGGUCAAGUUGCGCCCAGACUCUUUGAGGCGCGACAAGCGUGUACAAACCAUCCAAAGGAUCCUUGAAUGGGCUGGCAACUUUGAGAUCAAACCUAACACUCGCACUUACAAUAUCAUGAUUAAACUCUACCUCCAGUUACGAGACUACGCUCAAGCGUUCCAAGUGGUACGACAAAUGGAGCAGGACGGAAUCGAAAGCGACAUCGUCACGCAUAUCAUGCUCAUCACGGCCGCCUUCGACUUGCAGAAAUUCGACAACCUCUCUGCGAAAGAGCAGACGGAGCGCAUCGUCUCUGUGUUUGAGAGUAUAGAGGCCAGCGGCAUAAAAAUGACCGAUGGCGUGUACGGGGUGGCCAUCGACCGCUUGCUGAAGCACUACUCGAAUCACGGCGCUGUCCGGGUGCUUGUCGACCACAUGAUCCGCCGAAACCUCAGGCCGAGCUCCUACGUCUAUACUAGUUUGAUUACCGACUAUUUCCAGCAAGAUCCACCCGCCGUAGCGGCCAUGGACAGCCUUGUGCAGCAAAUCUUCACCGAUCAUAAAAUCCCCACUGAUCGCCUCCUGUUCCUUCGCUUGAUCGAGUGCUAUGCUGCGUUGGGCGAAGUGGGCAAGAUGAUGAGCGUGCUGGCCAAGAUGUCCAAGGAUGGGAGACUACUUCAGUGGGACGCGUUGACGAAUGUAGUCAAGGCGCUUGUGGAAGACGGGGACAUGGAGCGGGCGAGAGCUAUUGUGAGGGAUGUGGAGCGCGGCGAGGGUGUUGCCAAGGGUGGCGUUACAGGCGGUGCGGCGCAGGGGAGGGUGUUCUCCUACACUGUUCACAAGUUGGGUAUACGUAUGGAGGAGCGGAUGGGCGAUUUCAUGUCCCAAGACCACGCUCCAAAGGCUAGCGAUGAGGAGGCGCAGGAUGAGGCUCCUAUACCGCAUGCAUCUAACGUUCAAGACGUGGACUACGGUGCAGUGGAACAGGAAGAGGAUGUUCAUGGCUUCUUGACCGACGAGCCUGAGCGUGAGCCUAGGUACGGACGGGUAUAAGGGCCUUGAUUGGCUACUGUAAGACUAUUUGAAGCCAUACUGUGUACAAUAUAUACAGUAGGAGCUAUAAACUACCGCGAUGGAAGGCAUGGCAUAUACACUCCAAUGUACAGAUACUAUUUCUUUACCGCAAUUCAGCCAUCACUGUGAUUGAGCUGCAUUCAACAUCAUGGG